AUGGCAGAAUGGGCCCUGCCACUCCGGGAACCCAAAAGCAAGGAGACAAGCCCGGCUCCGGGGCUGAAGGAGGAGGGCUGGGUCCCGCCGCGGUCAGUUACGGCCAUUCCCAGCCCCCUCCAGAGCCCUCGGCCCACACACUUACGAUUAACUGGCUCCCGUAGUGUCCUGGCAUCCUCCUUACAGAUCUUCCAGUACCCGCAGGUCACAGAGAGAGAGAGGCUGCGGAGGAAACACCUAUACGUGGUUCCUGCAUCCCCCGUUGCUGUCCUGCGGGUCAGGACAUCCUGGCGCCCAAUGUGGGGCGAUCGGGACCCCCUGGAGGAGAACACUUGCCUACGGAAGCCCCGGUCGGGCACCCUUCAGAGCUGCAGCGAGGACCUAUCUAAUCCACUUAUCAACACUCACAUCGCCAAAGUGGGGAAGGACAAGAGUACCCGUUUUGGCAAUGGCAGCUUUGUGUCAACAUGCCUUAAAUUGGAACGCUACCUACAGACAGAGCCCAGGAGGAUCUCGGAGACUUUUGAUGAGGCCUUGGACUGCUUCCUGCAUGCGUCUCCGCCCCCUUGCAUUGAGGAGAGCUUCCGGCGCUUGGACCCCCUGCUGCUCCCUGUGGAAGCGACCAUCUGUGAGAAGAGCUCAGCAGUGGACAUUCUGCUUUCUCGGGACAAGUUGCUCUCUGAGACCUGCCUCAGCCUCCAGCCAACCAGCUCUUCUCUGGACAGCUACACAGCCGUCAACCAGGCCCAGCUCAACGCAGUGACCUCAUUAACGCCCCCAUCAUCCCCUGAGCUCAGCCGCCAUCUGGUCAAAACCUCACAGACUCUCUCUGCUGUGGAUGGCACGGUGACGUUGAAACUGGUGGCCAAGAAGGCUGCACUCAGCUCUGUGAAGGUGGGAGGGGUCGCAACAGCAGCAGCGGCCGUGGCGGCAGCUGGGACUGUUAAGACUGCACAGAGCGACAGUGACCAAGGAGGGCUAGGGAGAGAAACAUGCCCGGAAAACAAGAAGAGGGUUCACCGCUGUCAGUUUAACGGGUGCCGGAAAGUUUAUACAAAAAGCUCCCACUUAAAGGCCCACCAGAGGACUCACACAGGUGAGAAGCCUUACAAGUGUUCAUGGGAGGGAUGUGAGUGGCGUUUCGCACGAAGCGAUGAGCUCACGAGGCACUACAGGAAACACACAGGGGCAAAGCCCUUUAAAUGCAACCACUGCGACAGAUGUUUUUCCAGGUCUGACCAUCUUGCCCUCCACAUGAAGAGACAUAUCUAAAAAAGUCAAGUCCGGAGUUGCCAUGGCGUCAGCCAGUGUUGGAAGGAAAUGCCGUGAGCAGGGGGCUGGACUUCAGGCGGGCACCCCUUGCCUCGCAGAAGAAAGUUCUCACUUAAAAACCUCUGUGUACACACACAACAUACAUCCACUCUCACAUGCAGACCCCCCAUACACACACACUGUCAUGCACUCAACUAUAUUUAAAAUAUAUACAUCUAUUCUUUAUGCCUUGCCGUAGCCAGAUGGUAGAAGAUGAAGAAGGAAACCAGGUGAACUCAGCAAGGCAGACUGGCUGCUUACUUCAGCACUAUUGGAAUUACUUCCCACUGUUGCCAAUGGAAAGCAAAGGAAGUGGAUGUGACGUCUCUGCAGGUGGACGGCAGUCCCAGGGGCUUAUU